AUGGAUAUCGAUACAGAGUCAACUAUGGAAAAGAUAAAGCAUGGCGAGAUUGAUGAGUCGCUUUAUAGCAGACAACUCUACGUUCUUGGUCAUGAGGCCAUGAAGCGCAUGGGCUCAUCCAAUGUUUUGAUUGUAGGCCUUAAGGGUUUAGGUACCGAGAUAGCCAAGAACAUCGCACUCGCUGGAGUGAAAUCACUCUCCCUCUACGAUCCUACACCCGUGACGAUCGCCGACCUCUCCUCACAGUUCUUCUUACAUCCGGACGAUGUAGGCAAACGCCGCGCAGAUGUGACUGCGCCUCGUGUGGCAGAACUCAACGCGUAUACUCCUGUUGUGGUUCACGAAGCGGACAGGUUAACUGCAGAUCUGUCCCAGCUCAAAAAAUAUCAAAUCGUUGUCUUGACAACUACUUCCCUAAAGGACCAGGAAAUAAUUGCUGAAUACUGUCAUCAGAACGGAAUCUAUGUUCUUAUCACGGAUACUUUCGGUCUAUUUGGCUAUAUUUUCACCGAUUUUGGUAAGAACUUUACCGUUGGAGAUACGACCGGUGAGGAACCCGUGAGCGGUAUUGUUGCUGGCAUCGACGAAGAAGGUCUUGUAUCAGCUCUUGAUGAAACAAGGCAUGGCUUAGAAGAUGGGGACUAUGUUACUUUCACCGAAAUCAAAGGCAUGGAGGGCCUUAACAAUGCAGACCCUCGAAAAGUGACGGUCAAAGGCCCCUAUACCUUCUCAAUUGGUGACGUCAGUGGUUUGGGAACUUAUCAGUCCGGUGGUCUCUUUACCCAAGUCAAAAUGCCAAAGUUCAUCGAUUUCAAGCCAUUUAGCGAACAGAUUAAGAACCCCGAGUUUGUUUUUUCGGAUUUCGCUAAAUUUGACCGACCGCCACAGCUUCAUAUUGGUAUCCAAGCUCUUCACAAGUUUGCCGAAGCUCAUAACGGAGAGUUCCCCCGGCCCCAUAAUGAAGACGAUGCGCGCCAAUUGCUCGAAAUUGCCCAGAAGCUCGCCGGUGAGGGUGAAGGGAAAGUUGAACUUGAUGAGAAGCUGAUAAAAGAGUUGAGUUACCAAGCUCGGGGCGAUUUGAGUCCCAUGGCUGCCUUUUUUGGAGGCUUGGCUGCUCAAGAAGUCUUAAAAGCGGUCUCCGGCAAGUUCAACCCCAUUGUGCAGUGGAUGUACUUCGAUUCCCUAGAAUCCCUUCCCAAAUCCGUUGAGAGAUCCGAAGAGCUUUGCAAACCUUUAAACACUCGAUACGAUGGUCAAAUCGCUGUUUUUGGAAGAUUGUUUCAAGACAAAAUUGCAAAUAUCAAGGAGUUCUUAGUUGGUGCAGGCGCCAUUGGGUGUGAAAUGCUGAAGAAUUGGGCAAUGAUUGGUUUGGCCACUGGCCCUGAAGGUGAAAUCACUGUGACGGACAUGGACCAAAUCGAACGAAGUAACCUUAAUCGCCAGUUCUUGUUCCGCACUGGCGACGUCGGCAAAUUGAAGAGCGAUUGUGCCGCCGCAGCCGUUCAAGCUAUGAAUCCCGAGCUCAAGGGAAAAAUCAUUACGCUUCGGGAGCGCGUUGGUUCGGAUUCGGAGCAUGUCUUCAAUGAAAAGUUUUGGAACCGUCUUGACGGAGUGACAAACGCUUUGGAUAAUGUUGAUGCUAGGACUUAUGUCGAUCGUCGAUGUGUGUUUUUCCGAAAACCUCUCUUGGAAAGUGGAACACUUGGUACAAAAGGGAAUACCCAAGUCGUCCUUCCAAACAUCACCGAAUCCUAUUCCAGCUCUCAUGAUCCCCCGGAACAGUCUUUCCCGAUGUGCACGUUAAGAAGCUUUCCCAACCGCAUUGAACACACUAUUGCUUGGGCUAGAGAUCUAUUCCAGUCGUAUUUCGUUGGUCCUCCAGAAGCUGUCAACCUCUAUCUCACGAAGUCCAAUUACGUUGAAACCAUUCUAAAGCAGAGUGGCACUGAAAAGCUGACAUUGGAGAGCAUUCGAGACUACCUUGUCACAGAGAAGCCGAUAAGCUUCGAUGACUGCAUAACCUGGGCUAGACACAAGUUCGAAGAGCAGUACAACAAUGCCAUUCAACAGCUCCUGUACAACUUCCCCAAGGACUCUAAGACGGCUUCUGGCACCCCGUUCUGGUCUGGUCCCAAACGUGCUCCAACACCGUUGAAAUUUGAUGGCUCGAAUCCAACCCACCUUGGAUUCAUCAUUGCCGCCGCAAAUCUCCAUGCGUUUAAUUACGGGAUUAAGAACCCAGGGGUUGACAAAGCUUAUUACCGAAAUAUUGUGGAAAAUAUGAUCAUCCCCGAAUUUGCGCCAUCCGAAGGUGUCAAAAUUCAGGCUGAUGAAAAUGAACCUGACCCGAACGCACAGCCAGCGGGUGGUCUCAAUGACGACCGAGAAGAGCUCAAGCGCAUCGUGGGAUCACUUCCAAACCCCAAAUCUCUCUCGGGUUUUAAAUUGGUGCCCGUUGAAUUUGAAAAAGACGAUGACACAAAUUAUCAUAUUGAUUUCAUCGCUGCAGCAAGCAACCUCCGAGCGGAGAACUACGACAUCCAACAAGCAGACAGGCACAAGACUAAAUUUAUUGCGGGAAAAAUUAUUCCAGCCAUCGCCACUACAACAGCUCUCGUAACUGGUCUUGUUGUGCUCGAACUUUACAAGGUCAUUGAUGGCAACGACGACAUUGAGCAAUACAAGAACGGCUUUGUCAACCUAGCGUUACCUUUCUUUGGCUUUAGUGAGCCGAUCGCAAGUCCAAAGGGUAAAUACCAAGGAAAGAACGGAGAGGUGACAAUUGAUAAACUUUGGGAUCGUUUCGAAGUGGAUGAUAUACCUCUCCAGGAUUUCAUAAAAGUAUUUGAGGAGAAAGGGCUUGAAGUUAGUAUGGUCAGCUCUGGCGUUAGCCUCCUUUACGCCAGCUUCUACGGUCCUAGCAAAGUGAAGGACCGACUGCCUAUGAAGAUGAGUAAAUUGGUUGAACACAUCAGCAAGAAACGAAUUCCCAGCCACCAGAAAAAUGUCAUCUUCGAGAUCACUGCAGAAGAUCAGACUGGCGAAGACGUUGAGGUUCCAUAUGUGAUGGUGAAGUUAGACAAGUAG